ACUCCACUGUUCGCUCACCGUAGUGCUCAGUUUAGUCCGCUCACUGAUAAAACCUAGUGUUUUCUAGUAAUAUGAAUCAUGGAUCGGAAUCAGUUGUCUUGAGUUGCCUUGAGUUGCCUAAGUGAAAUGCUCCCAUGGAGGCAUGUAUCGAGAAGUUUACAUUUUUUUUAGGAAGACCCUAAGGAUUAGUGCCAAGUGAUUUCAUCACGGUCCUGAUUCAUUUAACUUCGAUUGUAUUAUCGCUUCUUUCAAGUUUCUAUUAUCAGUGGAAAAAAUAAAUGUGCUCCUUAGGAAGUACUGUCCAAGCCACGCAAAGGCUUGGUAGGGUUAUGAACAUUUAGCACUUCAUGAAAAGCUGAUUGGUAUAAUAAUAAAUAACACGAAGUGAUUUGGCACUAACCUCGUUAAAAAUGACAGUUAUGGAUUUCUUUGGUUGUGCCUUUUUGGCUUUUGGCCCACCGUUAGCCAUGUUUACGUUUACCGUUGCGGCUGAACCUGUCAGAAUUAUUGUACUAAUAGCCAGUGCUUUUUUUUGGCUUAUUUCUUUAUUAUUGUCAUCGGUGCUCUGGUAUGCCGUAGUACCACUUCAAAAUCACCUUGCAUUUGGACUGGUAUUCUCUGUGUUAUUUCAGGAGGCAUUCAGGUACCUCUUGUAUUGGGUACUUCGGAAAGCAGAGAAAGGAUUAGAAAAAGUGACUACAACACACGUGGCAGAUAGCAGACAUGUAUUUGCCUAUGUGUGUGGUUUAGGCUUUGGUUUUAUGAGUGGUGCCUUUGCUUUAGUCAAUGUCCUUGCGGAUGCAGUCGGACCUGGAACAAUGGGUCUUCGACAGGGUUCUGAAUACUUUUUUAUAAUAUCCGCUUCAACAACUCUUUGCUUUAUUCUAUUACAUACAUUCUGGGGUGUCAUAUUCUUUGCCGCUUUGGAUAACAAAAAUUGGGGACAAGUUAUGUGGGUCAUCUGUUCACACUUGUUCGUAUCAUGUAUGACCUUGAUGAAUGUAUAUCAAGCUUAUAUAACUACUACUUUUUCUGGUUAUACAAUUCUGAUGAUAACAACUAUGCUCGCUUUUAAAGUUGCGGGCGGUAGAGCUCAAAGUAUAGCUCAUUGUUUUACAAGAAAAUGAGAGCAAAAACGCGUCUAUGACAAAAUUAAAAGAUAGGUAGUUGGGAUUAACAGAAAUGGACAUGACAAAAUAUUCUUCUUAGAUAUUAAUCCAUGAAAGUUGGUUGCUACUCCAGUAUACGCUAUGCGUCGAAUUAUGUAAUGUUAAAUUAGCAACCCGAUACCUUUAUUCUUUGCUAUUAUUAAACGAGCCAAUCGACUAAAAUAAAUUAAUACAGAUGCAAGAUGUGUUAGAAGUUACUUAAUUCAAUUUCAUCGGUAAAUCAAAGUAUGUCAUAGGCCAUGUACCAGGAGUUGGGCAUUGACUAAUUCUUCUCAGCUAAUUUAAUCGUCAGAAUUAAUCGUAAUUAAUUUUAGUUUAUUGUCACUUUGAUUAAAUGUUGCCCAACACUGCCAUAUCGCCCAUAAUUUCAAAUGAUUACAGUUGUUGCGCAUUAUUCCACAUGUCGUGGUAUAGGUAACUCAACGCUUGCAGACUAUUCCGCGGCUAAUGAUAUAGGGCAACCAUCGCGAGCAAAAUAUUUCACUGGAUGCAAAUGGGUUAAUAAUUUUCACUAUUGACCAAACUCGAUAGAAAAAUCCGUUAAGUAUAUCAGUAUUACUUAUCCUUCGAAAUGUAAAUGUUUGUCACAUCUUGUAAACGUCUGGUGCAAACGUCGUUCUCGUUUUAAACAAAUAGCCUGAGAAAGUUUGCUCCAUUAAAACUUGAUACGUUCUAGCAUGGAAUUCUUUGGUCAAGUUGCUAGUCCGUCCCUUAACCCAUCGAAACAAUUGUAAUACCGAGUCAAGAUAAUAUUUUGAUUCAGGAUCUAGUUGUACCUUAAAUGUACAACACCGUAUCUCAAAAGAAACAAGUCUAAAAUGUGUGUGAAUGUACAUACUGUAAGAAUGCAUGAGCGUAUGUAUGUAUUGUACAUGUUGUAUUGGAUAAAGAAGAGUAAAUUUGUGAAUCGGUUCGCGCCUUAAAGUUAAAAGUAAACUAUUCAGACAGAGUA